UGUUCACGAAAGAGACAAGAAGACUCGAUGAUAUUUCCUACGACCAAAAGCCAAAAGAAAGAUCUGUAGCCAUAGCUGUUAGAAGUUUGGUUGAGUUAAAGUGUUUGUGUAUGUAUUUAUGUGUACAAAAAAAGUUCAUUGCCGUGUGGGAUGUCAUGUGAUGGCUCAUAGUCAUUGUUCAUGACAACAAAACAAAACACACCCAUUUCCCCAAACUCCCUCAAACUUCUUUCACAUAUCCAAUCCAUCAUCUCUUUCUCUCUUUUGCUCUCAACUCCAUUACCGAUCUGAUCUCUUUGUCUCACCAAUUAUUCAGUUUCAGAGCUUUUUUUUUUUUGGGCUUUCAAGAAUCAUGUGAAAGCUCAAAACUUUGUGGCGUACUUGGAAUCCGAGAAUGUUUACUUGGUGGGAAAGCUUAAAAAAGUGAAAUCUUUUACAAUUUAAAGUUGGAGAGAAAAAGCAAAACUAGCAAAGAAAGCAAUCUCAGAAAAGAUCCACAGGCCCCAACCCAGAAGUUGAAUUGUCAAGAGGGGAAUGGCUACUCUAGUUGAGCCUCCAAAUGGGAUUAACCAACGAGGGAAGCAUUACUACUCAAUGUGGCAAACUUUGUUUGAGAUUGACACGAAAUACGUGCCGAUUAAGCCCAUAGGUAGAGGGGCAUAUGGGGUUGUUUGCUCUUCCAUCAAUAGGGAAACCAAUGAGAAAGUCGCAAUCAAGAAGAUCAACAACGUGUUUGAGAAUCGUAUCGAUGCGUUGAGGACACUGAGGGAAUUGAAGCUUCUUAGACACAUUCGCCAUGAGAAUGUGAUUGCUUUGAAGGAUGUUAUGGUGCCAAUUCACAGGACAAGCUUCAAGGACGUGUAUUUGGUUUACGAACUUAUGGAUACGGAUCUUCAUCAUAUCAUUAAGUCUUCGCAGCCGCUUUCCAGUGAUCAUUGCAAAUAUUUUUUAUUUCAGUUGCUUCGGGGGCUCAAGUAUCUCCAUUCAGCAAACAUCCUUCACCGGGACUUGAAGCCGGGCAACCUCCUUGUCAAUGCUAAUUGUGACUUGAAAAUAUGUGAUUUUGGGCUGGCAAGAACUAGUGAAGGCAAUGGUCAGUUCAUGACAGAGUAUGUUGUCACCCGCUGGUAUCGUGCGCCAGAGCUCCUCUUGUGCUGUGACAAUUAUGGAACCUCCAUUGACGUCUGGUCUGUAGGAUGCAUCUUUGCUGAAAUUCUUGGUCGGAAACCAAUCUUCCCUGGAACUGAGUGUCUCAACCAACUGAAACUAAUUAUCAAUGUUCUUGGAAGCCAGCAUGAAUCUCAUCUUGAGUUCAUUGAUAAUCCAAAGGCCAGGAAGUACAUUAAAACACUGCCCUACUCUAGGGGAAUACAUUUUUCCCAUUUAUACCCCCAGGCUGAUCCUUUAGCUAUAGACUUAUUGCAAAGGAUGCUUAUAUUUGAUCCAACUAAGAGAAUUACUGUCGAUGAAGCACUCCAACACCCUUAUAUGUCAGGGUUGUAUGACCCCAGAUCCAAUCCUCCUGCCCAGGUCCCGAUUAAUCUCAACAUUGAUGAAAAUUUGGGGGAACGGAUGAUAAGGGAAAUGAUGUGGAAUGAGAUGCUGCAUUACCAUCCUGAAGCUGCUGCUGCUGCCUAUGCAUAAGUGCUGCAAAAGCUUCCUUUGUGUUUUGUUGUAUGAUGUGUCUGUGGAACUAGUUCUAUUGCUCGGUAAGGAAACAUGUCUUUCAGAACUGUGCUGUUAAAACUUCAUAAUUGCACCAAAGAUUUUGUUUAUCAUAUUGUUUAUUAGUUUGAGUUUUUUAUAUGGGAGUAUGAGAUUGAGACAUGGCAUCUUGUAACUUGUAAAUAGUUGAUGCUAUUAUUUCUAGUCUAGAAUUGUCCACUCUUGUAUGACAUUAUCCUUCAAAAACUCAAAAAAAUGAAGAAUUCUCAAUAAUUAUGAAUUUAAUUUUA